AUGGCGAGGAAGGUCCUCCUCUCUUGGGCCCUCGCCUUGCUGUUCGUCUCGUGGACGGAGGAUUCAUCGGCUACUCUUUCCCCUUCCGGCAUAAAUUACGAAGGUGAGCUUGAUCCUCCCGGGCCUCCUCCUCCUCCUCCCCUCCGCAAGACCCACUCUCUCAGUUUCUCUGAGGAUUUGUCGUCGUCGUCAGAUCUCUGUGACGAGACCCGGAAUCCAGCUUUCCCUGGUUCAUCUCGUUCACCCAAUUCCUGCCUAGGGUUCUUGCGCAACUACUGCCGUUCUCUGCAACAGUGUUUCUCCCUCAUCCGUCGGUUCGUCUGCUCUGCGAUCAUCCCUUCCAGGAUCUCGAUCCAUAUCAUUUCUUCCGAUGGGUCCUCGAGGAUUCGAUCCAAUUCCGAUCCUUUCUACGAUCUGAAGAUCAUUUCUUUCGUCUUCGUCUAUGAAAACGCAGUCGUAGCCCUGGUUUCCAUCAAGAUGGAGCUCCGCGAUCCCUACAAUGUCCUGGAGAGCUGGGACAUCAACUCCGUAGAUCCUUGCAGCUGGAGGAUGAUUACCUGCUCCUCCGACGGCUACGUCUCUGCUCUGUAAGUCCUGCUCUAUCUUAGUAUUAUUGGACUUUUUCUCCAAGAUUUCUGGAUCCCGAUUCCCAUAUCUGGUGUGUUUCUAGGGGAUUACCGAGCCAGAGCCUCUCAGGAACACUGUCCCCGGGAGUGGGCAACCUCACCAAUCUCCAAUCUGUGUAAGCUGAAUCUAUGAGCUCCAAUGCAGAAGAAAAUAAUUUGCAGAUUUCUUUGUAUAGAAUUGAUGAAGAACGAGUAUUGAUCUGAUGUUAGGCUGCUCCAAAAUAAUCUGAUAUCUGGGCGGAUUCCUGCGGAGAUCGGGAAGCUGGGGAAGCUUCAGACCCUGGACCUCUCCAACAACCAGUUCAGCGGGGAGAUCCCUGGUUCUCUGGGAGAUCUCAAGAACUUGAACUACCUGUAAGGAUAGAACGAUUACAGCCUUCUUCUUCUUCUUCUGAUGAUGAUGAUGAUGAUGAUGAUGAUGAUCUUGGUUGCUGCUACCUGUUGUUCAUCAGGAGGCUGAACAACAACAGUCUCUCUGGAUCCUGCCCCGAAUCUCUCUCCAAAGUCAAAGGCCUUACUCUCUUGUAAGCCCUCCAUCUCUCUCUCUCUCUCUCUCUCUCUCUCUCUCUCUCUCUCUCUCUCUCUCUCUCUCGCUCUCUCUUUCUGUUGUUCGGUUUUCUUCUGCUUGCUGUUGAUGAAGAAGCUGUGCGAGAUUCUUGCAGAGAUCUGUCUUUCAACAAUCUUAGCGGCUCCAUGGCGAAGAUAUCCGCAAGAACAUUCAAGUGGGUCGUCUUCUUGUUUCAUUAAUCAUCUCUGCUGGGUCUCGUCGAUUGAUCGUCAAGUUCAUGGCUUUUCGAAUUUUCCCCAGCAUUGUUGGAAACCCGCUGAUCUGCGGCGGGUCGAGCUACCAGAGCAACUGCUCCGCCGUCUCUCUGGACCCGCUGUCCUUCCCCCCCGACGAGCUCAGAAGUAGGUCUCCUCCUUCCUUUCCCCCUGGAAACCUCAAAUUCCGGCGAGAAUCUCUCUGAUGAUCCGGUGCGCGUCUUCCGCUCUUCAGCUCAACCCCAGCCCGGCGGCGGCGCCAGGAGGAGCCGCAAGGUGGCCGUCACCUUCGGCGCGAUCGUGGGCUCCGUCGCCGUCGCCAUCGCCGCCGGCGGCCUGCUCCUCUGGUGGCGCCACCGGCGCCACCAGCAGAUCUUCUUCGACGUCAACGGUGGCUUCCUCUUCUUCCUCUUCUUCCUCUUCUUCCUCUUCUUCUUCUUCCUCCACCGCCGCUGCCGCCGCCGCUGACUCCCUCUCUCUCUUCGCCGUCGCCGCAGACCAGUACGAUCCGGAGGUGCAGCUGGGGCACCUGAGGAGAUUCUCUCUCAAGGAGCUCCGAGCGGCGACGGACCACUUCAACCCGAAGAACAUCCUCGGGAAGGGAGGCUUCGGAAUCGUGUACAAGGGCCGACUGCAGGACGGCACCGUCGUCGCCGUUAAGCGGCUCAAGGACUACAACGCCGCCGGCGGCGAGGUCCAGUUCCAGACCGAGGUGGAGCUCAUCAGCCUCGCCGUCCACCGCAACCUCCUCCGCCUCUGCGGCUUCUGCAGCACCGACUCUGAGCGCCUCCUCGUCUACCCCUUCAUGUCCAACGGCAGCGUCGCCUCCCAGCUCAAAGGUCCACACCCCACCCACCCCCUUCUUCCUGGUCCCUUCUUCUUCGUCGUGGUUCUAGAGAGAGAAAUCUUGGGUGUGGGUUGCAGAGAAUGUGAAUGGGAGGGCGGCGCUGGACUGGGGAAGGAGGAAGAGGAUAGCAGUGGGGACGGCGAGGGGGCUGGUGUACCUGCACGAGCAGUGCGACCCGAAGAUAAUCCACAGGGACGUGAAGGCGGCGAACAUACUGCUAAACGAGGACUUCGAGGCGGUGGUGGGGGACUUUGGGCUAGCGAAGCUGCUCGACCACCAGGACUCCCAUGUCACCACGGCGGUGAGGGGCACCGUCGGCCACAUCGCGCCGGAGUACCUCUCCACCGGCCAGUCCUCGGAGAAGACCGACGUCUUCGGCUUCGGCAUGCUCCUCCUCGAGCUCAUCUCCGGCCACAAGGCCCUCGACCUCGGCCGCCUCGCCAACCAGAAGGGCGCCAUGCUCGACUGGGUCAGCUCCUCUCUUCUUCUUCCUCCUAGUUUCUUCUUCUUCCUGGUUUCUUCUGCUGAAGGAGAUUUGAUGGGCUGGUUGCAGGUGAGGAAGCUGCAGCAGGAAGGGAAGCUGGUGGUGAUGGUGGACAAGGACCUGAAGGGAGGGUUCGAUAGGGUGGAGCUGGAGGAGAUGGUGCAGGUGGCGCUGCUCUGCACGCAGUACCAGCCGGCCCACCGCCCCAAGAUGUCGGAGGUUCUCAGGAUGCUCGAGGGCGACGGACUCGCCGACCGCUGGGAGGCAUCGCAGAAGCUCGACACGCCGCCCAAGGCCGGGUCGGCGGCGGAACUCCGGCCGGCGGAGGCGGCGCCGCCGCCGCACGGGUUCCUGGAUUUCGCGGAGGACUCGUCGCUCGCGGUGGAGGCGAUCGAGCUCUCCGGCCCCAGAUGA